AUGCCUGCAUUGAAGUCCGGAGACGCUUUCCCAUGCGAUGUUCUCUUCAAGUACAUCCCAUGGACUGAGGAGAAGAAGGGAUUCUCUACCUGCGGUGCCCCUAUGCCCUACGAUGCAUCCAAGGAGUGGAGUAACAAGAAGGUCGUCCUCGUCUCCGUUCCAGGUGCCUUCACUCCAACUUGCUCUGCUACCCACCUCCCUGACUACAUUGCAAAGCUUCGUGAAUUGAAGACCAAGGGCGUCGACAUCGUUGCUUUCGUUGCCUACAACGACCCUUUCGUCAUGAGUGCUUGGGGCAAGGCCAAUGGUGUCACUGGUGAUGACAUUCUCUUCCUCAGCGACAUUGAAUCAAAGUUCUCCAGUGCCUAUGGCUGGACCGCCCACGAGGGCCGCACCGGCCGCUACGCCAUGAUCAUCGACAACGGCAAAGUCGUUUACGCUGAGAACGAGCCUUCCAUUCCCAAUGUCACCGUAAGCUUGUCCCACUCGCCCUUCUUCCUGGGCAUUCAGUUAGACUAA